GUUUUUUACAAGCCAUUAUUUAUGUUAAAGGUUCCAGAAUGGCUUGUGUUCACACACACAUUGCUUACAAUGCUAGCCCACGUUAUUCUUGACCCUCCCUUCCUUCCUUUUCUUGGUGCAGCCUACCGAUAGAAAACGCCCACUGUGGGUUAAAGAGGCCAGAGCAGUGGUGUAAUACUUAGAAAAAAAAUUGCUUUAGCGCCAACUCACGGAUAGCCUCUCAGACGACCAGUCCCUGCUUAAGGAUAAAGACAUCAAACGUGGACUCCAUUUGCUUGGAGACAGAAGCUUAAGGAUGUGUGUCUGUAGAUGGCUUGCAAUGCUCCUCCUUCCCUCGGUCCUAGACGCAGUAGCCCAGAAUGGACUUACGUCUCUAGAGAAGAUGAGUUUUUUAAUUUUUUAUCAUAAUUGCCAUUUCUCAUAAGCUAUGACCCAGACUAAAUAACUAAAAAUUAUUUAUAAAUCUAUCAAGCAAAAAAAUCACUUGACACUUGGCUACUCGAUGCUGUCAUUGACAAUGACAUAAUUUUGUAAGAAUCCACUGGCACCUUACCUUGCAGGCCACUAUAACUGAUCCUAUCUCGUUGGAAAGGGAAGGUCAUGGAGAGAGUGUAUUCAGCUGGUUGCAAUCUGAAACCACAAAGCUAAAUGCCAGUAAAUCCAUACUGCACCUUGACCUAUACAGCUAAAAAAGGCAAAGAAAAUAGACAGACUGACAACCUGAUUAUAUAGUUAAAAAAAUGACAACACGAACAGAGACUGGAGUUAUAAAUAUUGGAGUGAUCUUGGAGUCAAGACUGACUCCAUAUAGUAUUCAUAAUUUAAAGGUUCUUGCAAACUACCACAGCAAACGCUAACAAACUCCAACAUUGGAACAGUGCGGCAUACCCAUUGGGGGUUAGAGACUAUUGUCGGAUUAAGUUGAUUGUUGGUGUUGGCCAGCCUCGGCCAGAAUUCUAUAGUUGGGUGUCGGCGUUUGUCAGGACAGUGUGCAAGCACCUUUUAGAAGAUGAGGAAACAAUUGAAGUAUCUUAACACCGGUCAAAGUUAGUGCCAAAGGUCAUCGUCUUUAUGCUUGAAUGGAUAUCUUAAAAACGCACACAAUGGUAACGUGUCCUCUGAGUAAGAACGCAUUGUGUCUGUCUUUCCUUCCACACCCCACUGAACCACACCAUGGGACCCUAGCUACCUCACACCCUGCUCCCACCCUGUCACAGCUCCAUUUUCAACCCCCCAAGCCUGCAUCCCUUCGACCUAGCGUCUCUCCUGCCCUUCCAUCCUCUCUACUUUCCCCUUCCCACAGCAGUUUGUUGCAGGGCCAAGACAUCAACAGCAAACCGCAAUGCACCCUGGUGAUCUCACCGUCUGAACUGGUGGUCAGGUUUGGGGAUCCACUGUUUGCUAACUGCUCCAUAAAAAUGAUGGAGGGUCCUCUAGGCUGGCUUGUUGAACCGGAAAAACAAGAGCUAACAAUGGAUCGCUACCUGGUCUUCAACAUCACCAGCCUCACAGAGUGGGGUCUUAAACCAAAGUGCUUUGUGAUGUUUGACCAGGGUGGGGAUUGCUCCAGUGUGCUUCAUCUAACCGUCUACAAACCUCCGGACAACGUAUCCAUCAGCUUUGUAAACCACACUGGCCCACUGCUUGAAGGACAUCAGUACACCCUCCUGUGCCGUGUCCAGAACGUUGCUCCUGUCCAGAACCUCACCGUGACCUUCUACAAAGGAGACACCAUGCUGGGCCCGGUACAGUCCAGCAGGAACUCUGUGGAGGCACCAGUGACAGAGACGUUCACCUUCAGCUUCAACUCCAGCAGAGAGGAUGAUGGGGUCCAGUACUGGUGUGAAGCCAAGCUGAAUCUGGGACCACACGGACCAGCGUUACCUCUUGUGAUGCAGUCACAGACACUCAAAGCUAUCAGCCUCAGUGCCAAAGGAACCUCCAACGCUAACUCUGGACACUUUAUACAGAGCAUUUUACUCCUGUCCAUCCAGUUCAUUUAUUGGGUAUCAAACCAUGUAUGUUCUGUGUAAGUAACACAAUGCUGUUUUGGAUUAGCUGAGUCCCGCCUACUAGAAAACUAAAACAUGAAAAGACGUUGAAGUAGGACUGAUUAUAUAUGCCGAGGAGUGAGCGGAGCCCAGAAGCGUUAGGUAGCCUUUUGUGAACAGAGGAGCAUAUAUGAUUAGCUCAACCAUCAGACUCCAUAAUGUCUAGAACAUUUCCCUGCCAAAAGGACCCUCUUAAAUGGACAGUAUGUAUUUUUCUGUUACCCUCCUCAAUUGGUGAGGUGCAAGGACUAGACCAUUGCUACUUAUAAAUACCCCCUACCAUAAAGAUCUCAUUCAGGUACACAGUGUGCAAAUUGCUCACACAUUAGUGCUUAUUUCAUGUAGAAUAUUUCUGUAAAUUGUAAACGUUAAUAGAAUAUUUGACAAAAGUGCAUAAAACCAUGGAAAUGUAAUGUAAA